UGUUUGACCAAAUUCAAGCCUCCCCCACCUACUUUCCCACCCACGUACCCUUCGUCCCUCUCUUCCUUCCUUCAUUCAAGUUUCAGCAAACAAUGGUAGGUACUGCGCCAAGAAAACAGAUUCAGAGAGAGAGAGGACUUCUCUUGUAACCAAACCUUUCUCUCUCUCUCUCUUCCAACCCCCCUUAGUACUCCAUGGCUGCAUCUGCAACAGCUCCUCCAGCUCUUCGUUUCUCUCUCAAACCCUCCAUUGAUUCCUCUGUCAGUCGCUCCGAGACAUGUGAUCCCUUUCCUCGAUGCCGGAACCGCGAUCUUGUCUCACUCCGGUCGUCCUCUGUUUCACAUGGUUUGUCGCGGUUCAACCGAGUAAGCUCCCCUGUUCUGAAAUUCGAUGGAAUUCGAUCCAAAGUCAUGGCCAGUUCAGUUCCAGCCGUGGAUAAGUCCCCGCUUAAGAAAAGCUCUAGGCUUUCCACGAUUGUUGAUGUUGAUUUGGGGGACCGAAGCUAUCCAAUUUAUAUCGGUUCCGGCCUUCUUGAGGAACCUGAUCUUCUUCAGAGGCAUGUCCAUGGGAAGAGAGUUCUUGUGGUCACUAACACCACAAUUGCACCACUGUACCUCGAUAAAGUCAUUAAUGCUUUGACUUGUGGAAAUUCUAAUAUUUCAGUUGAGAGUGUUAUUUUACCGGAUGGAGAGAAGUAUAAGAACAUGGAUACUCUCAUGAAGGUCUUUGACAAAGCCAUUGAAUCUCGGUUUGACCGGCGCUCUACAUUUGUUGCCCUUGGAGGUGGUGUUAUUGGUGACAUGUGUGGAUUCGCUGCUGCUGCUUUUCUUCGUGGAGUAAACUUCAUUCAGAUACCAACUACUGUAAUGGCACAGGUAGAUUCAUCUGUUGGAGGAAAAACAGGAAUAAAUCACCCACUUGGAAAAAACUUAAUCGGUGCUUUCUAUCAGCCCCAGUGUGUCCUUAUAGACACAGAUACAUUAAACACAUUACCUGAUAGGGAAUUGGCUUCAGGGUUUGCAGAAGUUGUGAAAUAUGGGCUUAUUAGGGAUGCAGAAUUUUUUCAGUGGCAAGAGAAGAACAUGCAGGCACUAUUAGCAAGGGAUCCAAGUGCACUUGCCUAUGCUAUAAAACGUUCAUGUGAAAACAAGGCUGAAGUUGUAUCUUUAGAUGAGAAAGAAAGUGGACUAAGGGCAACACUUAACUUGGGUCAUACAUUUGGCCAUGCAAUAGAAACUGGAUUUGGUUAUGGUCAAUGGCUGCAUGGAGAAGCUGUUGCAGCUGGCACGGCAAUGGCUGUGGACAUGUCAUACCGCCUUGGCUGGAUUGACGAAUCUAUUGUGAAGCGAGUGUACAAUAUCUUGCAACAGGCCAAACUACCCAUUGCCCCACCUGAAGUUAUGACUGUAGAGAUGUUCAAGUCUUACAUGGCGGUUGAUAAGAAGGUGGCUGAUGGUCUGCUAAGACUCAUCCUUCUGAAAGGUCCUCUUGGUAACUGUGUUUUUACUGGGGAUUAUGAUAGAAAUUCCCUAGACAAAACUCUACGUGCAUUUUGCGAGUCCUGAUUAUCAACUCUAAUAUCAACCAUGCCUGAAUUCAUCAUCGACCUAGUGCAUUUUUUCUGCUUCAAGUUCUUUAAGCCAUCAUCAGCACUGUGGAGUGAUUGAAUCAAGCAUUGAACAUACGAAAUGGGUAGCAAAGCAUUUAAGUGCACUUGGUUAUCUGAAGUCAAAGAGUAUUCAUGGUCAUCCAUCCUCUUCUAGUCAUCACUAUCAAAGAAUUUCUUAUUCCCUUUGAAUUCAAUGAUGUUGAAAGAUGAAACAAUUUGAUACACUAAUACAUCAUAUUCAAUUUAUUCAUAUCUA